AGAUGGAUAAUAACUCCUUUAACAAGGUUGCUGGGAGCAUUCAGUGUGUUAUACAUGUAAGUCGUGCCCAAUGCCCAAUGGGUAUUAUUGUCAUUUCCUCUAUAAAUGCCUCGAUUUUCCUUAUUUCUAUAGGUGCUGGAAAUAAUCAGGGGCCAGCCACCCAGCCGAGCCUCAGGCAUAGAGUGGACGACCACGAACAAGAUGGCAAUGAACUUCAGACCACCCCCGAAUUCAGAGCCCACGUAGCCAAGAAACUGGGAGCCCUGCUGGACAGACCUCAUCCUAAAUCAACCAUUUCCUCCUUCCAUAGUUCGAUUACCAUCUCAGAAGUAGUGGAGGAGCCAGCAAAGGCUAAGGUGCAGCAAGUCCCCGCAGAGGACGACGGCUUCCGCCUCUUCUUCACAUCCAUCCCGGGAGGCUCCGAGAAGAAAGCUGCUCCCCAGCCUGGCCGAAAGCGAUUACAUUCCGGCUCCAGCAGUGAGGACAGCGAGGAGGAAUGGCAGCGGUGCCGGGAGGCAGCUGUGUCGGCCUCCGACAUCCUCCAGGAAUCUGCUAUCCAUGGCCCUAUAAGAGUGGACAUAGAGGCAAAGAAAAAGAAAAAGAAGUUUAAAAAGAAAGCCAAGAAGGAGGCCAGUGCCAACUUGGACGCUGCCGCCGCCGCCGUCACAGGUGAAACUGCAGUUAGGAAGCAGGAAAAGCAGUCACCCAAGCUCAAUGGAGACCAGCCAUCGCUUGGGACCAAAAAGAAGAGAAGGAAGAAAAAAGCCAAGAAGACCAGUGAGGCUUCCCCAUUCCCAUCAACAAAGGGUACAGUGGCCACGCCUGCAAACUGACCUCGGCAUACGGGCCCAAGGCUCAGCUAGCCUGGAGGACAAGGUGCCCUUUGGGGACAAGUCAUUUCCAAGCCCCACCUCCCUUUCCAAGUUCAAGGACUUGGCUAGGAAGUCCAUACCUGGCCCAUGAUUGGGGCUUGCCCAAGGGUGGGGACAAAGACAACUGUAGAGUGAGAAGCCUAAUUAAGGCCUGCCCAUCGGUGCUCCCCCUGGGGGCUGGGGCAGACCUGUGGUACCAGAACAUUCCAUGGCCUCAGGAAAAAGGAGCCAUCCACCUAUUCAAGACUGUUGACCAGGUGGUAAAGCUUGUCUUCCCUGUACUGUCUGAGGAGAGUGAGUGAAGGGAGAGCUUUUCCUUUCCUUCCACCUUCUCAACCUGGUGUGGCAGAAAACCAUAAGAAACUGAGGGAAGGGCGGCUCGGCCCAGAAGUAGUUUUUUCUGCCUCCAGGCCACACAGACUUUAUACAACAUUGUCUGAGAGAUUUUCUCCCCCACUAGGUUUCCAGAAUUUUUUUCCUCCACGUUUGUGAAUGUACCAUGCACGAUCAUGUGUCGAGCCAACCAGAUUAUUGAAAAUAAAUUGUUGAGAGACCCCAAACUUAACAAAAUAGUCGGGGUUCUGCCUCUGUAUCGAUGCUGAAUCUUGAUGAGACAGUUUCAAUAAACAUCACUCAGGUGGAAUCCUCCUGCCUACACGUUCCUGCACCCCAGCCUCAAGACUUCGGGAAGUAUCACAGUGCUCGAAAGCGGGAUUUCACACACCAGGAGUGUUCCACAGGGAAGAGGAGAAGCUCAGGGUUAAGGUGACAUUCUGGCUUCCUGGCCUUGCCUUCAAGCUUCCCCAGAGCGAGACAGAGGUGUGACAUGAGAGUGUGUGCGCUGACCCAUCUCCCCUCAGGCCCCUGGCCCACCUCCACCUCCCUCUGCCCGCCCAACCCCAUCUGGGCAAUGUGUGGACAAGCAAGAAAUUUCCAGUACUCAUUUCCUGUACUCCGUGCCUCAUUUCCUUUACUAAAAGUUAAAUAAAUGUACAGGUUCGCCCUUAGCUAGCUGCAAGCUGCA